AUGGCCGCCGGCGGGGAGCUCUACGAGGGCAUGAGCACGCACUACACGCACCUCUACGUCGGCACGCCGCCGCAGCGCGUGAGCGUCAUCGUCGACUCCGGCAGCCACUACGCGGCGUGGGUGUGCGAGCCGUGCAACGGCUGCGGGUCGCACACGGACGCGCCCUUCAAGGCGUCGGAGUCGUCGACCUACGAGGAGCUGCGCGGCACGUUGAGCCAGGCCUACGAGGAGGGGAGCAUGUGGCACGCGAAGAAGGCGAGCGACCUGGUGAGUCUGGGCAACGUCGACGCGUCGGUCCGCGGCUACAAGCACAAGGACGGCGAGGUCCUGAGCGAGGGCUACACGACGGGCGAGCUCACGAAGGACCAUUUGCCCCACAUCCGCUUAGUCUUUGGCUGCAUCGACCACCAGACCAAGAUGUUCGUCACGCAGACCGCGGACGGCAUCUUAGGGAUGACGUCCGAGUCGAACUCGUUCAUCAACACGCUCGUGGAGCAGGGCGCGCUCGAGGAGGCGACCUUCUCCAUAUGCUACACGCCGACGGACCCGCUGUCGAAGUCGCGCACCUACGCGGGCAUGUUCGUGUUGGGCGGCUCCGAGGUGUCGCAGCACACGGCGCCCAUGGAGUUCGCGAAGCUCCUGAUCACGUCGCGGGGCUUCUACGGCGUCGAGACGCUGGGCAUCGCCCUGUCGACGUCGCCGACCUACACGGCCCACAGCGCCGUCAACCUCCAGGUCUCCGCGUCCGUCUACAACGCGGGCGACGGGUUGAUCGUCGACUCGGGCACGACGGACGUCUACCUGCCGUCGGGCUGCGCGUCCGCGUGGCGCGCGGCCUGGUCCCAGAUCGUCCACACCUGGGCCUACGACAUGGACGGCACCGUGUACCUGACGCCCCAGGACCUCGCGGCCUUCCCCUACAUCCACGUGCGCGUCCGCGCGGAGGACGGCGCGGGCGAGAUGGUCAUCUCCAUCGCGCCCAUCAGCUACAUGGAGAAGACCUACUACUCGUGCACGGGCCGCUGCGAGUACCUGCCGCGCAUCUUUCUCGACGAGCCCCGCGGCGGCGUCCUCGGCGGGCCCCUCUUCGCGGGGCACGACGUCCAGUUCGACGUCGACGACCGGCGCCUCGGCGUCGCGCGCGCGACGUGCGCGGAGCCCGUCUACAACGAGCGCUGCGACGAUUCUUGUGAUUAUGCCUUCGACGGCGAGUGCAACAACUUCGUCGCCUACGACGACGAGUACUACUACGACGGCUACUACAACUGCCUCGCGGGCACGGACUGCACGGACUGCUGCGCGGCGAACGGCGUCGCCAACUGCACCGCGCCGUCGCACAAGCCCACGCCGGCGCCGUCGCUGCCCCCCUCGGAGGCGCCGUCGCUGUCGCCGGCGCCGUCCCUGCCGCCGACGGCCGCGCCGUCGCCGCGGCCGUCCGCGGCGCCGUCGCCCGCGCCGACGGCGACGCCCUGGCCGUCGACGGGGCCGACGGUGGCGCCGACGCCCGAGCCGACGCCGCGGCCGACGCCGCGGCCGACGCCGGCGCCGUCCCACAGCCACGACCCCACGCCGAAACCCUCGGGCCGGCCGUCGCCGCGGCCCACGCCGCGGCCGUCCUACCGCCUCCACCCGAUCAAGAUGAACGACGACGACGACGCGAACGCCGACGACUACCGCUCCGCGUCCGCGCGCAAGUCGAAGAUGGCGCUCCUCGCCAUCGGCCUCGCCGGCGUCGGCCUCGUCCUCUUCUUCCUCGUCCUCUUCUCCUGCCGCGGCAGCCCGGACGAGACCGACGGCCCCCGCGAGACGGAGCUCGUCGACCGCUCGAGCCCGCCGCGGCCGAGGCAAAAGCGCGUCGAGCAGGCCGACAACGGCGGCGGCGGCGACGACGACGACGAGGGCGUCGAGAACGCGAUGCUCAGCCGCGCGGAGAACGGCGGGUCGUCCAAGUACAAGGACAACCCGGACGAGGAGGACGAGGAGGAGGGCAUCCUCGCGGCGCCGCCCUCCGCGGCCGACGACGACGACGACGACGACGACGACGCGCAGUUCCUCUAG